UCCGGCAAAUGCUUUUAUAUAACAAAAAUAAACUAUGUAUAACAAAGAUAAAACUGCAUAAGGUACAUCGUCCGAAAUCGUAACUACUCGAUUGACACUAAAAUACUAAGAAGUAAGAACUCGUAUCGCCCCGAAACAUUAGACCAAUGGCAUUCAAGGUCGAGAUAACGGCGACUCAAAUCAUUAAACCAUCAAGCCCCACUCCCGACCAGCUGAAAACCCACAACUUAUCGCUUUUAGACCAACUAUCCCCGUUGGUCUACCCGCCAAUAAUAUUCUUUUAUGAAGCAAAGCAAGAUUCGGACCUGAGACCUCAGCUCAAGACGUCACUGUCUAGAGCCUUGUCUUCUUUUUAUCCAUACGCGGGGCGUGUGAAUGAAGAUGUUUUUGUCGAGUGCAACGACGCUGGAAUCCCAUAUUCUGAGGCUUUCGUUGAUUGUUCGUUAGCGGAUGUGCUUAAAGAGUAUGAUUUGAGUUUGAUGAGUCAAUUUGUGCCUCUAACUGAGGAAUCGGUGACUUUCGAUCCCACUAUUCCGUUGUUGGUCCAGGUGACCUUGUUUAAAUGCGGUGGAAUCGCGAUUGGUGCGUGUUCUUCGCACAAGGUCGGCGAUGCGGCCAAUUUUUUCACGUUUAUUCGCGAAUGGGCGAAUGUUUCAUUAACCGAUAACCCGGUUUUGGUCCCCGAGUUCAAUAUCUCAUCGCUAUUCCCACGGCUCGGUUUUUUAAAUUUCGACACGGGAAUCAAGAUUUCGAUGACCGAAAAGCUCGUUCGAAAGAGGUUUGUUUUAAGCUCAUCGAGCAUAUCAUCGCUUAAGGCACAAGCAGCCCCUUGUUCGCGCGUUCAAGCCGUUACAUCCCUCAUUUGGAAAUGUACGAUGAACGCGGUUAGGAAGUCAAAUAAGCCAAACAUAACGUCGUCUAUAGCAAUGACUCUUGUGAACAUGCGGGGCCGGUUCAACCCGCCACUACCACCAACCUCUUUCGGCAACUUUGUGGGGUCUUUUCUCGCCGAUAAAAGUUUUAACAACGAAAAUGACAUCGAGUUGCGUGGUUUGGCGGGCCAGCUGAGACAAGGGUUUAAAGAUUUUUGUGAUGUUUACAUGAAACAAGUUCAAGAUCCCAAAGACGGGAUCAUUGGGAUCUUGAACUACAGUAAAAUGAUUGGUGAAAAGUUGCAAAGAAACGGAACCGAAGUGUUCACAUUUAGUAGUUGGUGUGGAUUCCCAUUGUAUGAGAUUGAUUUUGGGUGGGGGAAUCCAAGGUGGAUUAGUGUUACAAACACACCAUUCAGGAAUGGAAUCAUGAUGAUGGAUACUAAAGAAGGGAAUGGAAUUGAAGUUUGGGUCACUUUGGAGGAAGAUGUCAUGGGUAUCUUUGAACAAGACCAUGACUUGUUGACUUAUUGUUAUCCUAAGUCAUGUGACAGUGGAAACUAAAAUAUUUGUGGGAAAUUAACCUAUUUUUAGUUAUGGGUUGUUGCAAAAUAAAUAAUUAUCAAUUAGAUUAUAAUAAUCUAUACUGUACUUAUGAUCUAGUGGUAUGAUGUUUGUCUCUUAUAAAUCUGUACUUAUGAUCUAAUGGUAUGAUGUUUGUCUCUUACAAAAGCGGUGUAAGUUUAGAUUCUGGUUAAAAAGGUUA